AUGACACACAUAUCAGAAUCACGCCUAGAUGGCGGAUAUGGAUGGGUAAUUCUAGCAAAUUGUGCUACGAUUUUAUUCCUAUCGGGAGGUAACUUUUACAGCAGCGGGAUAUUUUUGGUGUCGUUUUUGGAAUAUUUCCAACAAGGUGCUGCAAAAGCUGCUAUUAUAGGAUCAUUGGGUGGCGCCUUUGUAACCGGGUCAGGGUUAUUGGCCGAUUAUCUUUGCAAAAGAUUUGGAGCGAGAAUCGUUGUUAUCGUAGGAGGGAUUCUGUCUACCCUUGGCUUAAUUGCUUCAAUUUUCACACCCUCUCUGGCGUUUCUUUACUUUACCUUUGGUGUAUUAGUUGGAUUGGGAUACGGUCUGUCUAUGGUGUCCGCGUGUAUCAUUGUCAGUCAUUACUUCAAAAAGAGAUACGCACUUGCUAAUGGAAUUACGUUUGCUGGAUCUAGUUUCGGUAUUCUAUGCCUUCCACCUCUUUAUAACUUUCUUAUUGAAAUUUAUGGAUGGCGAGGAUCGUUGUUUCUUGUAGCCGGUAUGAAUGCACAACUAGUCGUAUGUGGUGCAUUACUUAGACCAUUCAAAGGACGUAGUAGUACACAAAGUGUGGAUAACAAGGCCGCUAUUUGCACUGAUCAAAAUAGUGUCAAAUCAUUCACUCGUGAAGAUAACUCCAAUACAAAAGAACAAACAUUUAUCUCAGUGAUAGUUGCGAAAAAUUGUAAAGACAUGAAACAAAAUAAUUACGAUGUUAUGACACACUUACCUGGACAUAGACGACACUUCUGUUCUCGCGCUGCUAGAAAUUUUGCUCAAUCGCUGGGCUUAGGCAUGUUUAUUGAAAUACCUACCUUCACGAUGAUUUGUGUUGCUCAGAUUCUCGAAAGUAUGGGAUUCAUGACCGCCAUCAUGUAUUUAGCUGCAAGAGCAAUAUCCGUUGGCAUAUCAAAGAAUAACGCCGCAUUCAUGUUAACAAUGAUGGGUGUAGGAAGUUUAAUCGGACGUGUUACUCAUGGUUGGAUUGUUGAUUGUGGUCAUAUAUGUGCUAUAACGCUGAUGGGAAUAGCUGUUGUAUGUAGUGGGGUCAUUCUUCUGUGUAUUUCGUUCACAACUGGCUACCCUGCAUUGGUGACCUUGGUCGUAUGCUAUGGCCUUUCGUUUGGAGUCUACCAACCUUUAGUAUUGGUAUCACUGCGAGUGUGUGUAGGGGAUGAAAAACACUCAACAGCUUUUGGAUGGGAUUGGAUGUGUAUGGCUAUAGGAUAUAUAUGUGGACCUCCAUUUGCAGUGGUGUUAAGAAUGGAAAAGAAGGCUCAAUUAACAAAUCUGGAUGGUGGUUACGCCUGGGUGAUUUUAGUGACAAGCUAUAUGGUAUUUCUCAUAUGUGGAGGAAACUUUUUCACCAGCGGCGUGUUUUUAGUGUCAUUUUUGGAAUAUUUUCAUCAAGGUGCUGCAAAAGCCUCCAUUAUAGGGUCAUUGAGCAGUGCUUUUCUUGUCGGUUCAGGUUUGCUGGUCAACUAUCUUUGCAAAAGAUUUGGUGCAAGAAUCGUUGUUAUCGGAGGAGGAUUCUUGUCCACAUUAGGAGUAAUUUUAUCCAUCUUUGCACCUUCAUUAUCAUUUCUUUACUUCAGCUUUGGUGUAUUAGUUGGAUUGGGAUACGGCCUUUCACAGCUUUCUGUGUGUUUUAUAAUCGGCCAUUACUUCAAAAAGAGAUACGCCCUUGCCAGUGGAAUUAUGUUUGCCGGAGCUAGUUGCGGGAUUCUAUGCCUUCCACCUCUUUAUAACUUUCUUAUUGAAAUUUAUGGAUGGCGAGGAUCGUUGUUUUUUGUAGCCGGUAUGAAUGCACAACUGGUCGUAUGUGGUGCAUUACUUAGACCAUUUAACAGACAGAGUAGUACAGAAAGUGUGAAAGACAAUGCCGAUAUUUGGACUAAACAAAAUAGUGUACAAUCAUAUGUCUGUGAAGUUAAAUCUGAUUACAAACUAUGUACUACUGCGGAAGAAAAACAAACAUUUAUACCAAUGAUUGUUACUGAAGAAAAGAAAAACAAUAAUGUUGAUGACAAAAAUGUCUUUUCACGCGCUGCUAGAAACUUUUUUCAUUUGUUGGGAAUUGAAAUGUUUAUUGAAAUACCUGCCUUCACGAUGCUUUGUGUUGCUCAGAUUCUUGAAGGUAUCGGAUUUGUAACCGCCAUCAUGUAUUUAGCUGCAAGAGCAAUAUCCGUUGGCAUAUCAAAAAACAACGCUGCAUUCAUGUUAACAUUGAUGGGUGUAGGAAGUUCCAUUGGACGUGUUACUCAUGGUUGGAUUGUUGAUCGUGGUCAUAUAUGUGCUAUCACCCUGAUGGGAAUAGCUGUUGGAUGUAGUGGGGUUAUUCUUCUGUGUAUUUCGUUCACAACUGGCUACCCUGCAUUGGUGACCCUGACUGUAUGCUAUGGCUUUUUCUUUGGAAUCUACCAACCUUUAGUAUUGGUAUCACUGCGAGUGUGUGUAGGGGAUGAGAAACAUUCUACAGCUUUUUCGUGGGAUUGGAUGUGUAUGGCUAUAGGAUAUAUGUGUGGACCUCCAUUUGCAGGUUGGCUGUACGACAAGUCUGGCAGCUAUAACAGCUCAUUCUAUGCUGCUGCUGGUGUUCUUAUGAGCAGUGGAAUUAUUGUUCUGCUUGCAUCAAGAUUUAGAAAAUGUUCGGCAAAUUAUAAUGCUCGGCAUGACGUUUAA